AUGUCGAGCGCCGGGGGAUCACCCCAACGAGGCAGCCGUGGAAGAGGUAACGACCGCGGUAGAGGACGCGGAUUGUUUCAUGGUGAUCGCGGGCGAGGCCGUGGAGGAGGCCGUGGCUUGUUCAACGAUCUACCUCAUCGACCAGCACCGGGUGAUCCUGGACGGGGAGGCUCCAGGGGCCGCGCUGGUCGUGGUGGCCGCGGUGGUGGUGGAGGCUUGGAUCAGGGUCCUCCUAUUUACUUGCCUCCUGACGGUGCCCCGCAACCGAAUGUUAAAGUUACUCAAACGGAGAACUCCCAAGCAGCAGCCCUCGUCAAGAAGGAGAAGACUGCAGGGUACCCUGAGCGACCCGGUUAUGGCACGCAGGGGCAUCCUAUCCAGCUCUUUGCCAAUUACCUCGAACUGAAAUCUAGCGGAAAGAGUCUAUUUAGGUACCACAUAAAUAUCGAUGGAGGAGGCCGCAAACCCUCGUCCAGGAAAGCAAAGCAGAUCAUUUGUUUGUUACUUGAGGAUCAUUUCUCUCCAUUCCGUCACAGCAUCGUGACCGACUACAGGUCUAAUCUGAUCUCGCAUCUAGAAAUCCUGGACCACGAGCAGCCCUCAGUCAAGUACAAUGUUACUUACCGUAGCGAGAAGGAAGACGAGCCGCGCGACACAUCUGAGACCUACCGUAUUACCUGCAAAUUCACUGGCCGGCUUGAUCCCGCAGACCUUCUCAAUUACUUGACUUCUUCCAACGCAGCUAGUAUGCUCCAGGAAAAGGCGGAAAUCCUGCAGGCACUGAAUAUAGUCCUCGGCCAUCAUCCUAAGUCCACUGGCUCUAUUGCCUCGGUCGGUACCAACAAGCACUAUGCAAUUCACGACAACGCUGCGGAAAAAUUUGAUCUAGGCGCCGGAUUGGAAGCUCUUCGGGGGUACUUUGUCAGUGUCAGAGCGGCAACAGCACGUCUACUCGUGAAUAUUCAGGUCAAAUAUGUUGCCUGUUACCAGGAUGGCCCUCUAUAUCAGGUCAUCCGCGAGUUUCAGUGCGCUAACGGGAGGAACGUUUAUGCCUUGAAGAGAUUUCUCGGCAGACUCAGAGUCGAGGUCACCCACAUUAAAAGGAAGAAUAAGAGAGGAGAGUAUAUUCCAAGGAUAAAGACUAUCACCAACCUCGCCACCCCCCAGGAUGGAACCCAGGAUGGAAACAAGUGCAAGGAUGCACCAAAGGUCAAGUUCAUCGGGGCUGGCCCAAACGACGUUUCGUUUUUUCUUGAUGAUCCGGAGCAGGGAAAGGGGAGCAAGAAAGCUGGUCCCAAGCCCUCCGGGACCUACAUCACUGUUGCCGAGUUUUUUAAAGAAUACUACAGAAUCCAGGUAGACCCCGAUAUGCCAGUGGUUAACGUCGGAAGUAUAGCCAAGCCAUCAUAUCUGCCUGUGGAAGUCUGUGACGUUCUGUCAGGCCAACCAGCAAAGACGAAGCUUUCGUCUAAUCAGACACGCCAGAUGUUGAACUUUGCAGUGCGAAGCCCAGCGCAAAAUGCCCAUUCCAUUGUCACAAAGGGAACGCAAAUAUUGGGUCUUCGGGAUCCCACCGCUGCCACGCUGGUGGACUUUGGCAUUCAAACCAACCCCAACCUCAUCACAGUACCUGGCCGAGUUCUUGCUCCUCCGACUGUAUAUUACAAAGAUGAGAAAUCAAAGGACAAAGAGAUUGCCCCCAUGUCCGGCAGCUGGAACAUGAAAUCUAUCAGAUUCUCGACAAGCUCCAAUCUUCAGAGCUGGGCCUGUAUCCUUAUUACCGCUGGGCCUAAGCAACACUUCCAAAGCCCUGAUGAUCUGGAAGACUGUCUAUACCGGUUUACGAAGAAGCUCAGAGAGGUUGGGGUUAACGCAAACCCUCCUGUUUUUAAAGUUCGAGUGCAGGUAACGAAGGAGAACGCUGAGACAGUCAUCGACGCAGAAAUACGUAAAAUCUUGCAUCAACAUCGGCCGAAGCUUAUAUUGACAAUUCUGCCUUUUAACGACACCGCACUCUACAACUGUAUUAAGAGGGCUUGCGAUGUUCGCCAUGGCGUACGCAAUAUCAACGUUCUUGCUGAGCAGUUCUGCAAGCGCAAUGAGCAAUAUUUCGCUAAUGUCGGCCUAAAAUUCAAUCUGAAGCUCGGUGGCGUCAAUCAAGUCGUACGACCGAGCCAGUUGGGUAUAAUCGGCGAGGGCAAAACAAUGCUUAUUGGUAUCGAUGUUACGCACCCAUCUCCUGGUUCUGCUAAAGGCGCGCCCAGUGUCGCCGCCAUGGUCGCAUCUGUCGAUUCUUCUCUCGGCCAGUGGCCCGCCGAGAUUCGUAUUCAAAAGGAAGCUCGCAAGGAGAUGGUCGACGCCCUUGACUCCAUGCUUAAAGCACAUCUACGCCGCUGGGCAGCUAAUCACAAAGCCGCAUACCCCGAGAACAUUAUUGUCUACCGUGAUGGAGUCUCAGAAGGCCAGUAUGACCACGUAACCGAUGAGGAACUGCCCCUCCUCAAGAAUGCCUGCAAGAAUAUCUACCCUGCGCCCGACACAGCAAGGAACCUUCCUCGUUUUUCCAUCAUCAUUGUUGGCAAACGCCAUCACACGCGCUUCUACCCAACUCUCCAGGAGGAUGCAGAUCGCUUCAACAACCCCGUCAACGGCACAGUGGUCGAUCGCGGCAUCACAGAAGCCCGCAACUGGGACUUUUUCCUUCAGGCCCAUACAGCACUUAAGGGAACAGCCCGCCCAGCCCAUUAUUACACCGUAUGGGACGAGAUUUUCCUUAGGCAGAAGGUUAUUCCUCCUGCCAAAAACGCAGCUGAUAUGCUCGAGGCCAUGACCCAUCACAUGUGCUAUCUCUUCGGUAGGGCAACCAAAGCUGUCAGCAUCUGUCCGCCAGCCUACUACGCUGACCUGGUUUGCACGCGUGCCCGUUGCUAUUUAAGCAGUGCUUUUGAACCCUCUACACCCUCCGGUAGUGUUAUUGGUGCUGAAGAUUCAACAGUAAAAGUCGCUAAUGACGAUGUCCUUAUCCAUCCUAAUGUCCGGGACACGAUGUUCUACAUCUAGGUUUUCCUGAGCUUGUUCACUCAUUUCAUUAGCUCUAUUUCGGUUAUGUUGGUAAGUUGCCGUGCAGGGGACUUGGUCCGUGUAUGCUUUUCUCAAGCCCUCCUAAUGCUUGUAUGUGUGCUUGGAAACGUUAGCCGCCAAAAUUUGCGGCUUGAGUACUGUCAAAAAUAGGUAGAUAGAAAGUCCAUUGUUACGUCAACUCUGCUA